CUGCUCCUCCGUCCUCCCCUCAGACUGUCAGGGCUACUUGUCCCUUAGACCUGAACGGGAAUGUUAACAGAAUAAAGGACUAAAUCAGGAAAAAGAUAAAAAAGUUAUUCAAGAAUAUGAAGAGAUUCUGUAAAGGCAGUUUUUAUUGACUGUUAAAGAGAAAAAAAGUUUGAGCACUGAUGGGAUAAGAAACUGCAACAAGUCAGACCAGAACAACCUGUGGAGAACAACAUUAUCUGAGCCUGCGUGGAGAUCUCUGUGUUGUUUCCUUUGAGAGUAUAUUUGUGAAGAAAUUAUGCUUUUCACACAGGGAGUUGGAACUUUGGCUCUUUUCCACUGUGUGAUAACAGUUGCAGCACUGUUUGUGUUUAACAGUCUGUAAAUUUGGAACAAAUUUUCACCAAACAAACCAUUUCACAGACAGGCAUCACAUCCUGUUAUUAUAAAAAUAGACUCUGAUGACGUCAUCACCCGAGACGAGCAGAUCUACCUUCUGAUUGGUGCUCACGCCAGGUGUGAAAGGAGCAUCCGGGCACAGAUGGACCUCAUUAAAGAAGGAGACUGUGUCCCAGAGUGGGAUGGGAUUAUCUGCUGGCCACGAAGCAGAUCGGGUCAGCUGGUCUCAGUGCUGUGUCCUGAAUAUAUUUAUGACUUUAACCACAGAGGACGAGCCCACCGCCAAUGCGACAUUUCGGGGAACUGGGAGUUGGUGCCCAGUAACAACCGAACCUGGGCAAACUACACCGAGUGCACCCGAUACCUCAUGUCUGACCACAGAAGACUCGAGGAGAAGGUGUUUCAACGACUCCAUGUCAUGUACACUGUGGGCUACUCAGUUUCUCUGGCAUCCCUGCUGGUGGCAGUCUCCAUCCUGUGCUAUUUUAAUUUUCCAGGCAGCAAUGGUGGGCACAGCUAACCAAAAAUAUAGCUACACUAACGCUAAAUCCCUCAACAGACGUCUCCACUGCACACGCAACUACAUUCACAUUCACCUCUUCGCCUCCUUCAUCUGUCGAGCAGUGAGCAUUUUUGUGAAAGAUGCUGUGCUCUACUCCAUAUCUGACGGCAAUAAAACUGACUCUGCGUUCACAACAGAGAGACCUCAGAUGGCUGGUUGUAAAGCCGCUGUCACCCUUUUCCUCUACUUCCUGGCAACCAAUCAUUACUGGAUUCUGGUGGAGGGUCUGUACCUCCAUAGCCUCAUCUUUAUGGCCUUCCUGUCUGACAAGAACUACCUGUGGGCUCUGACCAUCAUGGGUUGGGGUGUUCCAGCUGUCUUCGUGUCCAUCUGGGUGAGCACACGUGCCUCGCUGGCAGACACUCAUUGUUGGGACAUCAGUGCCGGAAACCUAAAAUGGAUUUAUCAAGUUCCCAUUCUGGCAGCCAUUGUUGUGAAUUUCCUCCUUUUCAUUAACAUAAUCCGUGUACUUGCCUCUAAAUUGUGGGAAACCAACACUGGUAAACUGGACCCUCGACAACAGUACAGGAAGUUGCUGAAGUCCACCUUAGUCCUCAUGCCCUUGUUUGGAGUCCACUACAUUGUGUUCAUGGCUCUCCCUUACACUGAGGUGACCGGGCUGCUGUGGCAGGUGCAGAUGCAUUAUGAGAUGUUCUUCAACUCUUCCCAGGGUUUUUUUGUGGCGUUUAUCUACUGCUUCUGCAACGGAGAGGUGCAGGCAGAGGUGAAAAAGGCUUGGUUGAGACGCAACCUGGUGUUGGACCUCAAACAGAAGGCCAGGAUCACCAGCAGCGGUGGAGGGAGCUGUUACUACGGCGGCAUGAUGUCCCACGCCACCACCCACAGCGUCUGCGUGCCCGCCGCUCACCCCAGAGCUCUGUCCUUUACCGGAGGAGUGGUGGGCUCGGGGGUCAGGCUCCCCCGACACAAUGCCCCAGCAUCCCUCCAGGCUCACAGCAGCCUAUGUGUUUACUCUCCCGGCCCCGUGGAGGCUCCAAGCCCCCAGCGGGACUCAGCUGCGUUGGAACGAGCGGGGUCUGAGUCAGGGGUUUUUGCUCGACACACCAGAGCCAGUAACGACACGGACACCAGCCACGGAGCAGAAGAUUCAGCCAACCCCUUAUCUGUGAAGGAAUUAGAGACCAUUUUAUAAUCACUGCUGGCUCCUGAGCAGACCUCGUGAGGCGGUUUUGUCAACACUUGAGCUGUAUUUCUUUUUUUGUUUCCAGUUUAGACUGAAAUUAUAGCCACACAAACAGUGAAGGAAUGCAAACAUUUUAGCAAUGCAUGAGUUAUAUUGUUAUUUAAGCUUUGACCGUUUUUGUACUGUUGUCAUGAUUUCUGUUUGUGCAUGAGUCCUAAUAUUGGUUUUUAUGUGCUUUCAAUUCGUGCUCAGCUGGGCUAAACAGUCACUGAGGAUGUGAUGCUGUAAAGAAUUUGCUUACUUGCGAUGCACGCUGGGUGUAUAAACAGUGAGACUUUUUUUUUCAAUGUGAUUCUUCUCCCUCCUCAUAUCUUCCCAGUGUUUGAUUUCCCAAAGCCUCAUUGAGUUCUAAACUGUACCCUCCCCAAAGUAGACCUCCACGUGGGUCAAACAUAACGUCAGCCUUUACUUAGCUAACCAUCCAUCAGAAUUUCUUGAUGUUUUUUCUCUUUUUGAGUCAGUGGAGUCUAGACAGCAUGUCUAGACAAAUCCCCCUCUCUGUUGUUGUUCAAGUGGUCUAAACGGUCCGAUUUAUCAACGUGACAAGUCCCUGAAGGCUGAUGCAUGCACUUUUUACCCUUAACUCCUUCCUUCGUUGUAACCUCUGCACCGAGCCUCUCGCAACACCGUCCAGAAUUUCACACAUUCCCCUUCAGGCCACGGCACAGAGCAGUAGACACCUGAGUUAUUUUGGAGACCUCGAGCAUAAGUGAAAAACCUGCAACCCAAGCCCCCAGUGUUCACAAGACAUGCAAAAAAUAAAUAAAUAAUAAAAAAACAAAAACGGGAGCUGUAAAUAUUUGAACAACUGGUGUCCAGAGACACCUGUUUGGUGUCACGUCAAUUCAUUUUAACAUUUUACAAUAAGGUGUGCAAAAAAAAAGCUUGGGUUGGGAGGUGAACCUGUGACCUCACUGAGGGGCGACAGCUCCUAACCACUGUUCCUCCCUGUGUCACGUGCAAUGUGUAAAAAAUAUAUAUAUAUAUAUUUGUGAGUUGUGCCCAAUAAAUGUUUUGGAGUAUUACGUGAGCUUAAAA